CUCCGCGUCCCUCUCGCGCGCGGCCGCUCUCCUCCUUCACAGGGUGACACGUCUGCGGUGAGUGAGUGGCGUUGGCAGGCUGUCAAUCCCUCACCGGAGCGGCCAUCAAACAACAUAAAACACACACAGGCACCGGGCGGCGGGGCUCAUAAAUUCCAGCGGGCUGAUAUUUUUGCACAUUGCUUUGCAGAGAGUGUGUAAUUAAUUUUUUUACAGUUCUUGCCCCGUUAUUUCCGCUCUUUUCUUUGCACAAGUUCAAACUUUUGAUUGCUGCUGUUUUACCCCCGUUGCACAGACUUGGGAUCAUUUGUUAUUUUUUGGGGGGGAGGGCGAUUAAUUUUUUUUUUUUUUCCCUCUGUGAUUGUGUUUUCUUGGCUUUUUUAUGUUGCAAUUUGGGGGUGGGGGUGUUCGCCUGGUUUGUUGUGGUUUUUGCUGUUUGCCACCCUCCUAACUUCUUAAGGAUUUGAAAGCGAGUUUUUUGAUUUUGUGUUUUUUUUUUUUUUUAAUUUUGCCUUUUUGCAAAGAAGAUUUUUGGACAAGUGCGGAAAGACAUAAAAAGCAACAAUAAAAAUAAAAAAGGAAAAAAAAAAAAAAGCUUUGGAGAAGAUUGUACCAGGAAAAGAAAACUGCAAAGAAACCUUAUCAACUCAUUUAUCCAAGCCACAAAUAUGAUGAUGAUGAAAGAAGAUUGUAACUAAAGAAGAGAGUGAUUUACUGCACUGGGAAGGAGAAGAGAGUGGAAUAAACAGCUGAGAUCCGGUCAAAACACAAAUACUGAUUUUUUUUUGUUGUUGUUGUUGUUUUGUUUGGCUUUUUUUUCCCCCUCUCUCUUUUUUUUUUUUUUUCCUUCUUUUUUUUGGUGUGUGUGUGCAAGAGCGAAAUAAGGAGUCAGGAACUGAGACUGACUUCGGGAGCCAGAGGCUGACCGGCGCCUUCUCUCUCCCCGAAGCCCGCGCUCCUCCCGCCCCGCCGGCGCGGCCCGGGCCGCGGCAGAGGCAUGGACGAUCAGUCCAGGAUGCUGCAGACUCUGGCCGGCGUGAACCUGGCCGGCCACUCGGUGCAGGGGGGCAUGGCCCUGCCUCCUCCCCACGGACACGAAGGGGCAGACGGCGACGGCAGGAAGCAGGACAUCGGCGACAUCCUCCAUCAGAUCAUGACCAUCACUGACCAAAGCCUGGAUGAGGCACAAGCAAAGAAACACGCACUGAACUGCCACAGGAUGAAACCCGCCUUGUUCAGUGUCCUCUGCGAGAUCAAGGAGAAAACAGGUUUGAGCAUCCGAGGAGCCCAGGAGGAAGACCCUCCCGAUCCCCAGCUAAUGAGACUAGACAAUAUGCUUCUGGCAGAAGGAGUCUCAGGUCCGGAGAAAGGUGGGGGAUCGGCGGCAGCAGCUGCAGCCGCAGCAGCCUCUGGAGGGUCUUCAGAUAACUCUAUUGAACACUCAGAUUACAGAGCCAAAUUGACCCAGAUCAGACAAAUCUAUCACACAGAGCUGGAGAAAUAUGAACAGGCAUGUAAUGAAUUUACCACACAUGUGAUGAACCUUCUCAGAGAACAGAGCCGGACACGUCCCAUUUCUCCCAAGGAGAUUGAAAGGAUGGUGGGCAUCAUUCAUCGAAAAUUCAGCUCCAUCCAGAUGCAACUCAAACAAAGUACUUGUGAAGCAGUAAUGAUUUUAAGAUCAAGGUUCCUCGAUGCCAGGCGGAAAAGGCGUAACUUCAGUAAACAAGCCACAGAAAUCUUGAAUGAGUAUUUUUACUCCCACCUCAGUAACCCCUACCCCAGUGAAGAAGCCAAAGAAGAGCUGGCAAAGAAAUGCAGCAUCACAGUAUCGCAGGUGUCCAACUGGUUUGGCAAUAAGAGAAUCAGGUACAAGAAGAACAUCGGGAAGUUCCAGGAAGAAGCCAAUCUCUACGCGGCAAAGACGGCUGUGACCGCAGCACACGCCGUGGCCGCAGCCGUCCAGAACAACCAGACAAACUCCCCCACCACACCAAACUCUGGUUCUUCUGGUUCUUUUAACCUCCCAAAUUCUGGGGACAUGUUCAUGAACAUGCAGAGUCUGAAUGGGGAUUCUUACCAGGGGUCCCAAGUCGGAGCCAAUGUGCAGUCACAGGUGGAUACCCUGCGUCAUGUUAUCAAUCAGACGGGAGGAUACAAUGAUGGCUUGGGAGGAAAUUCACUGUACAGUCCACAUAAUUUAAAUGCUAAUGGAGGCUGGCAGGACGCAACUACUCCAUCUUCUGUGACUUCCCCUACAGAAGGGCCGGGAAGUGUGCACUCUGAUACCUCUAACUAAUCUCCUAGCAACACUUUUUCCCUGAGCUGAGAUGCCUUGAUUAGUGCAUUCAGAGUCACAGGAGAAAAAGGAAUGAGUUUUUUGUAGCCAACCACCUACAGCUUUACUGUAAAACCUUGUCUUAUUAGAAAACUUGGUAAAUCUGUUUUUUAAAGGUAUCAUAAUCAUUUGUAUUUAUACUUAAAACACACAAUGUUAAAAAGCACUUUAUCCAAUUAGGCCAAGAUUUAGCAUUGUUUAUAGCCCUGUAACUAUUUUAUCAUAAUUUAUUAUCAGCAGUUUUAACGAUGUUGGUCUAACAGUUGCCAAUUACUUGGCCUUAAGGGUAAAAGUACAGGACAAGCUUAACCUCAAAUAGCAAGAGCAGACACAAAGAAACACCUCACCUAAAUUUAACUUCGUGCAUAUUUCCAUGGAAAGUCGAAAUGAAUUGCAGACUUUGAUUGUGUUUAAUCUUUUCAUAUCUCUUAUAGAGUUGGAAUAAAAAGAGCUGUUCGGUUAUUUCGGUUAACAAUGGUUGUGUUUAAGAAUCCUUAUUCGUCACAUUUUUGUUGUGAUCUAUUGUCUUACGAAUUAGAUUGGAAACCAGGAGGAUCUUUUCUUGCUAAAACUACCCGGACCCCGAGUCUCCUCUCUGUAUUUCGACACCGGCCAUAGGUUGUUCUUAGGAGAUGAAGACACUUGCUGCUGAUCUCUGUGAAAGCCAAGACCCGGGGUUUUACAGUACGAGCUAGGUGCUGCACACGCCUGCCAAGAUUUGUUACCUCUUCUUGGCAGCAAACCACAAACAAACAAACAAAGGAAAAAGCAAAGGAAAAAAGCACCAUCAUAUGGAGUGUUGUACAUAGUGUAGCAAAAGAGUAUUUAUACAUCUCACCAAUCAAACACAGCUUUAUUACCUCAUGCGAACUCAUACAAACCAAUAGACUUUCAACAUGUUCUGUAGCUUAGAGUGCUCACUUACUACCUCUGAACGAUACUCACGCUGUAGUUUGUCUCUUUCUUAUCUUUUUGCAUCUUGUAAUUAACUCUUUGUUUCCCCAUGAAAUGUAAUGUACAUUGUAAUCUUUUAAAAGAAUCAGGGUUGCAUUGGCAACUUUUAAAGAAGCGGAAGUGGAAACAUGGGGUCUUAGGUUUAACACAAAACAGUGAAACUGUUGUAAAUACUGAGAAACAUUUUGAAUGUUCUUCAUCUUGUUACUAAUCCACGCAAAAACCAACAACUAAUUGUAAUGCAUACAGACUUCAGUAUUCAGUACUGUAUAUUUCCCCCUGUGUAACAGGGGGCCCUUUCUUUCUCUCUUUUGUAUUGUAUGCGAUUCUGAAACUGAUUGAGUCAUGAAAAUAAUUUGUGGCAGUGAUUCUAAUGUAUUAAACCGUUUCGUGUUACUUUCUAACUGGAUUACACCCUGGAUUGAAAAGUCUUCCUCGUGGUAGUUAUAUGUAGUUUCAAACAUGAAUAAACUUUUUGCUUUCAUGAUCAAACGUUGACGUAAUUUCUUCCUGCUCAGUUUAAGCCAGACCUAGGAGAUAUGUAGGCUACCAGAAGUGCAAGCUGUCAUGAAGCAGGAGCUGAGCAUUUCUUUAAAUACCAGUAGGUCGUUGUGCCCUCUUGCCUGGAGGAGAUAUUGGAAAUCCUGGGAGAGGUGCAUCCUGGCAGGGAGCAGGAGCAGGAGCAGUGCCUGCAGGGCAGAGGCUUCCCAACCCGCCGGCUGCCCCCGCCAGCCCCUGCCUCCGCUUCCACCCUGCUCUGCUCGGGAGCAAAAAUUCAAGUGGAGGCGAAGGAAGGGGUCAGUCCUUUAGAUGAGUUUAAAAAUCAUCAUCAUAUUCAUUCUUAAUUACCAUCUUUAUUUAACAUUAACUUUGGAAUGACAGCCUCAGCUAGCAAGUGUAAUGCGAUUAUAAAAAUAUUUUUCUUUAUUAAAAAAACUUUUUUGGAAGGACGUAUAUAUAUAAAUGCUAAUUUUAAAUCUUUUUAAUAAAGUAAAGGUCAAUAACAGGUAAUGGCCUAUUUACCAUAUCUCAAGGAAAUUGACUCACAGGAAAUCAAAUUAACGUUAAUCACUUGCAGCAAAUGGUCUUUGAUAAAUAUAACUACUUACUACUUGGGUUAGUGUAGCUAGGCAGGAGGAGGGCUAGCGCUCACUACUACCAGCCCGUGCUAGGCUGGAGCCUAGGCUAGGCUGCGCUCAGAGGAGCCGCCUGCCCAUCAUGUUUCCUUUCCAGUCAGCUGUUCAAGCCCUUAGGUGUUGUUUUGGUGGCUAAAUGAUUAUUUGCAUGAUUCAAUUAGCUUGUGGGUCAGCUUUUCUUAUCAACAAUUCUUGUAUCAGGUUAUUUUGUAAAAUACCUUUGUUUACCUGCUCUCACCCCCAGGACCGCGGCCACGCUCUUCUCCCUCUGCAUCCUGCGUGCCCUUGUGCACCAGUUACUGCUUCUGCUUUUGUUUACGGAGCAGAUACAACUUCUCGAUCAGUUUUAGAAUUGAACAUUGCUUCUUUCACUACAGGUGGUGCAUUUAAAUAAAUAAGUAAAUAACUAGACGUGCAUUGCAAAGCCUUCAUUAUCAGUUAACGAGAGUUGGGGCAGAUGGGGACCGUGAACUUCCGAAGACUUCUGUGUGCAGAGGACAAAGCGCCGAACGAUUUGCAUUUGCUAAUGGAGCUCCCCAAGUCCGCACGCUCGGUGUUUAUGCUCCAGCUCAAGGAAACAGUAUUUUAAAUGUAAAGUGUGUCAGUGGAGGCGUAGGCAGCGUAAUGAACACACAGACGUCCCUCAUCUUGAUCACAUCUCUGCUGGCCACAGGCAAGGACCUGUCACACACUGAGGAGGUUCAUAGGAAGGCCAUCAACAACCUUUGGGCCGCACUUGCAUGCCCCGCGCCCGCUGGGCAUCAUUAGCGUGCUUCUUUACAGCAUUAAGGCUUUGGGUCCCUUUGAAUUACAAGUGCAAUUUGGCCUUUCCUUACAUUGGAGAACAGCCACAUGGUUACAUGGCAAAUAAUAAACAUCUUAUCCUUGAGGCUUGAUCACACAUCAGAAAGGUUUACUGCAAGCACCAGUAUUAGGAUCAUGCUGUUGAUGGUAUUGUGUUUCACCCAGUAGCUACGCCCCGAAGGGCCGUCAGAGCCUCGCGCAGGAACAGUUACUCGUGCAAGGAUCCCUCCUUCGCGCAUGCACCCCGGAUGGGGGCUGCGGCCCCCCCCAGCCGUGUGGGACCUCUGCUGCAGGACUGCGCACCCAUCCUGGAGUGGGGAGGAGACCCUCAGCCCUCCCGCCCGUGGGACCACUCAGUGCCGCGAUCCUGAUUCCCCGUGCCCAAGUUUGAGCUGUUGGCGCACAUGAGCGUCACCGUGACCGGAGCCGCCGCAGCCCCGUGCCCCCAGCGCACCGUGGUGGCAGAGGAGCAAAGCCUGCCAGCCCCGUGCCCCGCGGCCGUGGCUCCUGCCAGCCCCGCGAGGUGCCAGCCUGGAGACCCCGCGCAGAGCACAGCGGGAAUGGCCAGGGGAUUUGCAGCGGGUCCCAGGAAUCGCCAUCUCCUGUGCCUGACGAACGCGCCCGCCACCGUCAUCGCCACGCUGUGCAGCGUGGGGCUGUGGGAGGCACGAGGGUGUCUGGAGGAAAGACCCGCGGCGCUUCCCGGUGCACGGCUGGACCAGCCGCUUUUGGGACCAGCCCCAGCUCCGUCCGACCUGCUGUGCACCUUGGGCCGGGGGGGACCGCAGCACGGCCGCCGCACCGAGGAGCUGCCGGUGGCCAGGCUGCCCUGCAGGAGGGGUCGUGAGAAGCCCCGCAGCCAGGGAGAAACGGCGCCUGGCAGAUGCACCCGGGUUUGCGACUUGCAGAGCUACAGGAGCAGCCCUGCAGCCCUCUCACAGCCCCAUGAAGAAAAGCAAACCUUCGUGUGCCAAAAGCGAAGCAGGUGAUGACCUACUCUCCCUGGCAUUCAGACACCGAGCUCCCAGCUCCCUCUGUAUGUGGCCUUGGAUGCAAUGAGGGAUCCUCAGCCCAGGAAGGGAAGAGCCAGGGAGACUGCGACCUUCCAGCAUGGCAAAAUCCAUGCCCCACGGGACUGGUUCGAUGAGGGCAGCUCUGCUGAUGACGUGAACUUGGCAUUAAGCGUGCUAGGCUGAACGAUGCGGUGUUAUCCUGUAGCGACGUCUUUUGCAAAGACCACACGUGAGUCGGAUGUAAGAUGCUGAUGCCAGUAUCUGUGCCAUGUAUUUCCAAUGUGAUAAAAAUAACUCCGAGUAACUGAAGAUGUUUCCAGUUUGUGUUAAUAAAAUACAUCUUUUUAAAGAAUGGAA